CAGGUCACUGAGGUGGUUGAAGCCAAGCAGACGAUAGAGAUAGUCACCCGUUGGGUAAUGUCCUGGCGAGACCCUGAACUAGCCUGGAAGACUGACGACUACGGAAACCUUUCUUCUGUAGUGAUACCAACAGAAAAGUACGUGUUUUUGUUUUUUGAAGUGGUUUAAAAGAUUUGAUUUGGUUUAGAGAAUUAUUUAACUACAUGCUGUUAAUAUCAGUCGCCAUUUCCCAAAUUAAAUGCUCUUAUUUAAUCCAUUUCCCUUUUUUUAAUUUUAAAAAUGGCAACAAUAUCUUUCCAGCGUCUGGCAUCCUUCCAUCACGUUACUCAACAGUGCAGAUGGCACAUCCUCCAUUCCAAUGCCUUCAUUCACGUCCCUCGACUCCGACGGAACACUCACGCUGACAAGUGGCUCGCGUCUGCGCGUCUACUGCUCUUUUGACUUAAGCCUCUAUCCAUACGACACGCAGAACUGCGGGGCAUACACUAUCCUCUCCGGUGGGGAUGUGGGCAUACGUUCAGACGUCCGAUUGCUGGACACGCAAUCCAUCAGCAAAUUAACUGAUUCUGAUGUCCAGAUGGAAUGGACCAUUGAAAAUAAGUCCGUGCGUGUAACUGCCUCAGGGAUGGGGAGUAUUGUUUGGUUAAAACUGGUCAUCAAAAGAGCCAGUUUGUACUAUACCUUAUGUCUAUUACUUCCCUUGACUGCGACUUCCAUACUGACCUUGCUCGUGUUCUGGAUACCACCAGGUUCGGGUGAAAAGAUUUCGUUCUUGGUGUCAAUCUACGUGUCGACUUCCCUGUUUUUGAGCUUUGUC